AUGGAUGAAAUCUUCAAGAACAAAAUGAUAGGUUGUAUUUUUACCUCUGAUAUCUGGAUUAGAAUUGAGGAUUAUUUCUUUAAAUCCAUUCGAUACAAAGUCAAGCAAUUGAAAUCCCAACUGAAGCUUACAAAGAAGCAAGGUCUUACUGUCGCAGAUUAUGUCUCAAAAAUCAAGAGAAUUGUUAAUUCUUUAGCCUCUUUGAGAUUUUCCCUAACUAGUGAUGAACAUCUUGAUGCUCUCUUAGAAGGUCUCAAUGAAUAUUACCAAAACCUAGUUAUUACUGUUUCUACUAAAUCAGAGUUUUAUUCUUUCCAAGAGGUUGAAACUUCCAUUUUGUCUCAUGCUGAUAUGCUUGAAAAAUUUUGUAAAUCUAAAUCUUUUCUUCCUCAAGCACAUCUCACCCAAUCUGCAUUCCCUUCUUCAUCUUCGGCUGAAAGAGGUAUUGAGGAUAGAAGGGGACAUAGUAGAAAAUUCUUUAGAGGUGGUCGUUCCUUCUUUCUUAACAAUAAUCACCACAAUGUCAAGUUUGUGGCUGUUUAA